GGCCGCCACUCCCCAAUAGCUUCGCUUGCAUCCUCUCCACUUGCUGUGUCUACUUCUUCCACUGGUCUUCGAGCUCACCUGCUCCAUGACUCGGCCCUCCUUUUCGUUCUGGACUCCCCACACCUCCCUUGUUUAAAUUGCGCGGCCUGUCUGGGAAGUGAUCCUCUUCAGCAAUCCUCAAACUCGACACAAUCAUUUCUGUGAUUGCCAUGAGGAACUUUAUUUCAUCGACCCUCGCCACUCUGGCGGUGGUGAGCGCUGUCCACGGUCAGGAUGCUACUGUGUCUACAGAAAGCCUGACUGUCGCCGCCACCACAGUCGCUCCGGCUGCGACUCUGUUCCCCGGAGAGACGGUGCAAUUGACCGAUGAGGUCUUGGAAGAUGUCUCUUCCACCAUCCAGAAUGAGACAAUCUCCGACUUGUUCCUCUUUGGCAAUGACUCGACUGCAACUCUGGAGAAGCGAUCCCUCCACAGCUGCAAGACAAUGCCCGGCGACUUCUUGUGGCCCAUCGGGCUGGUCUGGGAGAUCUUUGAUAUCCUCCUGGGCAGACGUCUGAUCAAAGCGUCUCCGCUGGCCGCCUACUGCUACCCAGACCGACCCGAGUAUGAUGCCGCCAAGUGCACAAGCGUCUCCGGUGGAUGGCUGGCUUCUGAGGUGCACGAGGAUGACCCGACGUCCAUCAUGUGCCCUCUCUACCAGGGCCGCAGCUGCAUGCCUCCUGGCUUCAACUAUACCGGCACCUGCAGCAUGGGUGGUUAUCCCACCUACGUGGUUAACGCCUCGAAUGUUGCCCAGAUCCAGCUCGCUGUCAACUUUGCCCGCAACCUCAACCUCCGCCUUGUGGUGAAGAACACCGGUCAUGACUUUAACGGCAAGGCGUCUGGUAAGGGUGCUUUGUCCAUCUGGACACACUGGCUGAAGGACACCAAGUUCUACUCCAAGUACAAGGCGACCAACGGCUAUGUUGGCCCUGCGAUCAAGGUUGGCGCCGGUGUCCAAGUCUGGGAGGCCUAUGAGUUUGCCAAGGCCAACGGUGUUACGGUCGUCGGAGGCGAGGCUGUCACUGUCGGACUGGGAGGUGGUUAUACUGCUGGCGGUGGUCAUUCCCCGCUGAGCAGCAUGUACGGAAUGGCUGCUGAUCAGGUUCUGUCCAUGGAAGUCGUCAUGGCCGAUGGUCGCUUCAUCACUGCGAGCGCCACCCAGAACCCGGAUGUCUUCUGGAUGCUUCGUGGAGGUGGUGGUAGCACAAUCGGUGUCGUCACCUCGCUGACCAUCAAGGCUUACCCCAAGCUCCCCACCACUACUGUCACCUUCAACUUCACCAUCAACGACUGCCCCAGCGCUGAUGCCUUCUGGACCGGUGUUGAAGCCUACUUUGAUAACAUCGAGACCUUCGUUGAUGCCGGUACUUAUGGGUACUACUAUCUCGGAGCGUCUGCCUUCUUGAUCGGCACCGACUACGCCGGUUCCACGGACUACUACUUCCGCAUGCAGUCCUUUGUCGCUCCCGAUAUGACGAUUGAGGAGACGCAGGCACUGCUCGCCCCGUGGUUCGAGGUCCUCGACAGCCAGAACAUUACCUACUCUCCGUGGUACAACCAUGCCGACAACUUCCAUGAUCCCUGGAAGGCUGCCUUCCCUCAGGAGGCUGUUGGAGCUGCCAUGGUCAAGACCGCCUCCCGUCUGAUGCCCCGUAGCGUCUUCCAAGACGAUGAUCUCCGUCAGCGAACCUACGCUGCACACAGAGAUGGAGUUGACAAUGGUCUUUUCUUUGCCGGAUUCCAUCUUACUGGUACCGGUAAGGCUGUCACCCCUCCUACGGACAACUCCGUUCUCCCUGCCUGGCGUGAUGCCCUUGCCCACAUCGUGGUCGGCGGCCAGUUCACCUCGGACGCCUCGUGGGGCACCAUCGAGUCUACUUCCCUCUUCGUCACCAACUGGAUGGACGUUCUCCGCGAAAUCGCUCCAGACUCUGGUGCUUACAUGAGCGAGGGUGACCUUCUCGAGCCCAACCAGCAGCAGGCCUUCUACGGCUCCAACUACGCGCGUCUGUAUGCUUUGAAGCAAAAGUACGAUCCCCGAGGUCUGUUCUACGCAUUGACUGCCGUUGGUUCCGAAGACUGGGAAGUGCAGGUCACGGAUGACUUGCCUUACUCGUGGAACACCAAUGGCCGACUGUGCCCUGUGUCAUAAGGAUGCGGUAGUAUAUUAAUGGGAAAAGAAUCAAUGUAUAUUAUAUAGCUUCAUGUAAUAGAUAAUGUUAGUUCCGCCUUCAUUCAGCCUCGAUAAAGUCAACCGUCCCAUG